AUGAGACGUCUGUCGAGGGCAUACUUCUAUCCACUGCUUCACAUCACAGGUGCACUUGCUAACACACGUGUACUUCCUCACAGGCGUGGCCAGACCUUGUCCACAAUCAUCUUCAUCUUUGCGGGUACUUCGGUCGUAGGCGGAUUCAUUGGCGGCGCUUUGUACCUGCAGUUCGGAGGCCAAAGCUGGAUCAGACAGAUGCUAGUGCAGACGUGCUUCUUCCCGGGUGUUGUGUGUGCCGUUAACUUGUACAUCAACUUUGUCGCCAUCACAUACAACUCAUCCCGAGCCAUCCCCGCUGGCACUGUGAGCCAACGUGUGCGUCCCAUCUUCCCAAUCUCACACGUACUAUACAGUCCCUCUCUUACGCACAGUAGCCGAGUUGUCAAGACUUCCGAUUCACACCCGCAUGUGCCUGUGUUAACAGCCUCUUAUCCGCUGCAGGUGAAAAUCUGUGCCAUUGUCAUAUUCAUGAUUCUGCCUCUGACGUUGGGUGGUGCUAUUCUGGGGCGUAAUACCACGGGUGUCAUUGGGUGGCCCUGUCGAGUAAACCCUGUGCCCAGGCCCAUUCCGGAGAACCAGCUCACUGAGCCACAUAGGUACACUGGUGACACCAAUGUUCGGCGGUGCCAUUCCGUUCGUAUGGAUAUGCACUCGGCUGAAAUAUAUGGAUAUACCGAGGCUCUCAUACACACCCCCAGUACUACUAAGCUACAGCUACGGCUAACCACCCCUUACUGUCCCCUGCCUGCCUGUUUUACCUACCCCUUGCCUACCUCUCAGUGGUACAUGGAUCCAGUGGUCAUCUCCCUGAUCGGUGGUGUCCUGCCCUUUGGCUCUAUCUUCAUCGAGAUGUACUUUGUCUUCACCUCCUUCUGGGCGUAUAAGAUCUAUUACGUUUACGGCUUCAUGCUGUUGGUCUUCUGCAUCCUGACCGUGGUGACGAUCUGCGUUAACAUUGUGUGCAUAUACUUUUUGCUCAACUCGGAGGACUAUCGCUGGUAG